AUGCAAGUCAAGAGGUUCCAAUCUUCAUGUACACUUUAAGAACACCAGAGAAACAGCCCAGGCCAUCAAGGGUAUGCAUAUCCGAAAAGCGACCAAGUAUCUGAAAGAUGUCACAUUAAAGAAGCAAUGUGUGCCAUUCCGGCUUUACAAUGGUGGAGUUGGCAGGUGUGCCCAGGCCAAACAGUGGGGUUGGCCCAAAAACAGUGCUGAAUUUCUGCUGUACAUGCUUAAGAAUGCAGAGAGUAAUGCAGAACUGAAGGGUUUAGAUGUAGACUCCCUGGUCAUUGAACACAUCCAGGUGAACAAAGCACCUAAGAUGCGCCACCGAACUUACAGAGCCCAUGGUAGGAUUAACCCAUCCAUGAGCUCCCCCUGCCACAUUGAGAUGAUCCUUACUGAGAAGGAGCAGAUUGUUCCUAAACCAGAGGAGGAGGUUGCACAGAAGAAAAAGGUAUCCCGGAAGAAACUGAAGAAACAAACACUUAUGGCACGGGAAUAAAUUUAGCA